CCCCCACUCGGCGUUCAACUUCAACCCCGCUUACAACCGACCUUUAAAUCAAAAGGAAAAAAAAAAUAAAUCUCUCUGCCCUCCCGAUCUGGCCGACUGCCCCCCUUUUUCUCCUCUCUCUUUCUUUCUUUUUUCAAAAAAAAGGGAGAAUAUUAAAAAUCUCCGUUGGCGCUCAAGCCGCUUCUCGCCGGCGCACGGAAUCCAAGACGGCGUACGGUACUUUAUUUCAGUCUUAGAUCAGGCCAUUUGCUUGGGAAGAUCAGAAGCAUUUGAAGCACAAGAAUGUCUGCAUCAACUGCUGCAAAUCCGAGUUCGGCAGCCAAUGCCAAAACUCCUUUGACCUUGGAUUCCAACUCCAAACAAGACAUAAGGAGAAGAGCAGUUGCCAUCACAAACAAGAAAUCAAGUACCGAAAUGGUCCUAGGAGGAAUUAAUGGGGUCAGCAAUGAUAAGGUGACUGUCUGUGAGAAGGAUUUGAGUCAUACCAUAAGGGGGGAAUCCGUACUUGAGAGACCAAAAGACUUGUUAGAGGUGAAGAAAGGAUUAGUUUCUCCCAACAUUGCUUCACGGCGUAAGAAAGGCAUAUCGAAACCAGAGAAACCCAAGGGGCAACUUCUCCUUGGAAUCCUGAUAAAGACCUGUCUUCUUCUUGGGGUUCUUUUGUGGCUGGGGCUGUUGAUUUGGAAAUGGUAUGACAUGCUUUCAUAUAAUAGGGAUUCCCCAUUUGCUGCUUUAGAGUAUGAGGGCAGGUUAUCAGAAGUGGAGGCAUCUUUGAAGAAAACAGCAAAGAUGUUGCAGGUUCAGGUGGAAGUUGUGGACAGAAAGGUAGGGAGUGAGGCAGGGACGGUGACAAGGGAUUUGAAGAAGCAAAUAGAAGAGAAACAUGCACUGUUGGAGAAGGAACUGAAGACUCUGGAGCGCAGAACAGACAACUUAGAUAAGUCUGUGAGAGAGUUGAGGGACACAGGCUUCUUGUCAAAGGAAGAAUUUGAGGGUUUCUUGAGUGAACUGAACAAGAGAAGAAGUUCUGAUGGUAGUGAUCGGGAUCUGAGUUUGGAUGAUAUUAUGAAUGUUGCAAAGGAGAUUGUUGAGAAGGAGAUUGAAAAGCAUGCAGCUGAUGGGUUAGGAAGGGUGGAUUAUGCAUUGGCUUCUGGUGGGGCAAGGGUGGUUAGACAUUCAGAGCCCUAUAUUUUGGGGAAGUCUAGCAACUGGCUUGCUAUUGGCAAAGGUCGAAAUGGAGUUCAACCUAAUGCUCAAAAAAUGCUAGAGCCAAGUUUUGGAGAGCCUGGCCAGUGUUUUGCCUUGCAAGGAAGCAGUGGGUUUGUUGAGAUCAGGCUAAGAACAGGGAUAAUCCCUGAGGCUGUUACGUUAGAGCAUGUCUCUAAGAGUGUGGCUUUUGACAGGACUAGUGCUCCAAAGGAUUGUCGGGUCUCUGCAUGGUUUGAAGGGCCUGAUGAUAACCCAUCUGACCGAUCCAAGAAGAUGCUUCUUUUGACAGAGUUCACUUAUGACCUUGAGAAGAGCAACGCUCAGACCUUUAAUGUCGAGACAAUCUAUUCAGCAGUCGUCAAUAUGGUCCGGCUUGAUUUCUCCUCCAACCAUGGGAGCUCUUCUCUGACAUGCAUCUACCGCUUUAGAGUGCAUGGUUAUGAGCCCAGCUCCUCCACAAAUACGAUGAUGCAAGCCUGAGAAUGUGUACAGGCUUGAGGGUGCUUUGUUCACUACCAAAUCUGUAUCAUUACAUUGUCCUGUCUAUAUGGAAUUUCUUCUUGCUUUGUUUUGUUGAUCAUAUCUUGCUCUGACAUUGUAAAUCUUCUAAUUAUGUUGCUCUCUCCUGUGCCUAACUCCUCAGUCCUCACCAGGCAAAUGGAUGCCACAUGUACACAGAACUGGAACUGUGCAUGUAACAUGAGCACGAUGUUAGAUUGUCUAUUUGCCCGGUGUUUAGUCUGUGGUUUUGGAGGGAUGAGUGUGAAGUUUUUGAGCAUCCUCUACUCUCUGCUUGGCAGUCGAGGGGGGCCCUUGGCUGUUCAGAAAUGAUACGCCUUGGAGUUGAAGCUGUUGACUGAAUCUGGCUAAUAGAUCAAGUACAUUCUUGGAGAGUCUACAUGUUGUCAUUUGUAAGUGCAAGCUAUCGUAUUUGAUCUGAAUGUUUGACA